AUGUCGAGGCCGCUCUCAAAGUUGCUCUUCAAGGGAAUUUCAGGCUUCCCGGCUGCCCGUUCUAGUAAAAUUGUAUCUGGAUCCUUUUAUCAAAAUGGAAUGAGAUACUCGACCUCUGUGCCUAAUGACACCGACACACAUGACGAUUUUAAACCCGCUAAUAAGUUCGACGGUUCUGGCCUUAGCUUGAAGGAACUUGUUGAACAGGAUGUAAAGGACAACCCUGUAAUGCUUUAUAUGAAAGGAGUGCCUGAGGUUCCCCAAUGUGGAUUCAGCUCACUUGCAGUAAGAGUGUUAAAACAAUAUGAUGUUCCUUUGAGUGCUAGGAAUAUUUUGGAAGAUCCUGAGCUCAAAACUGCUGUAAAAGCCUUUAGCCACUGGCCAACAUUUCCACAGAUAUUUAUCAAGGGGGAGUUCAUUGGAGGGUCAGACAUAAUUCUCAAUAUGCACCAGUCUGGUGAGCUCAAGGAAAGCUCAAGGAUAUUGCAGUCAAUCAAGAGAAGUCUGCAUAAGAUAAAUUAUGAGAGGGUAGGUUAA